UAAGAUCAUAAGACACAGAAUUCAUAGCCAAGUUACAGUGUGAUGUAACUGAAAUUAUAUAUUGAAAAAGACCAGGUCUAAGGCAUGUGAUGCAGCAAGUGGCUGCUUUUUCAAUUGUGUUCCAUUUAAUCGCAGUCGAAGGUGUCAGCUUGCCCUAACAUCUCGCCAGGAUGAGGUUAGUGGCUGAAUGGAUGAUGGUCGCUUGCCAAUCACGAAGCAGAUCCACUGCCGAAGCCUGUCCAGACAGCAUCGGGGCACGGAGCAGUUCGGCUGGGCGGCGAGCCCGAGAUCCCUGAGAACAUUGAGCAGGAUCAGCAGCUGCAGCCUCAGCCGGGCUAUGCUGCUGGAGUAAACACAAAACAAACUCAAGAAACCAAAACACGAACGAUUCAAUGUUUAAACCAGAAGUGAUUCGCACCGCACGUUUUAACAGGACUGUUGCUGGGAUUAUCUCGAUUUUACAAGUCAUGCCGUAUUUUUUAAAAACUUUCCUGAUCCUCUUCUGCCUGACGAUAGCUGCUGAAAGCAGGAAACACAGGAAGAGAAGAUGGGCAUCUCAGGUAGAACCACGGAAACAGGGCAGCCCUAUAUUAAGGAGAAUUCCAGAUACAACCAAAACUCGAACAACAAACUCUGAACAUCUUCUCAGAGUGGGUGAUCAUGAUUUCACAAUGAGACCUGCAUUUGGUGGCCCUGCAAUACCUGUUGGAGUUGAUGUGAUGGUGGAAAGCCUGGACAGUAUUUCUGAGGUGAAUAUGGAUUUCACAAUGACUCUGUAUUUGCGCAAUUACUGGAAAGAUGAGCGACUUUCAUUUCCCAGUACCACAAACAAAAGUAUGACAUUUGAUGGAAGGCUUGUCAAAAAGAUUUGGGCACCAGAUGUGUUUUUUGUUCACUCAAAGCAAUCGUUUAUCCAUGACACAACCACAGAUAAUAUAAUGUUACGCAUCUUUCCUGACGGAAAUGUGCUAUAUAGUAUAAGGGUUACAGUAACAGCUAUGUGCAACAUGGAUUUCAGCUGCUUUCCUCUUGACACACAGACCUGUUCCCUGGAGAUAGAGAGCUAUGCUUACACUGAAGAUGACCUUAUGCUGUAUUGGAAGGGUGAUAAAGAUGCAUUGAAGACAGAUGAGAAAGUCUCUUUGUCUCAGUUCCUUAUCCAGAGAUUUCACACUACAUCCAAAUUGGCUUUCUACAGUAGUACAGGUUGGUACAAUCGUUUGUACAUUAACUUCACUUUGCGCCGCCACAUUUUCUUCUUUUUGCUACAAACCUACUUUCCAGCGACUCUGAUGGUGAUGUUGUCCUGGGUAUCAUUCUGGAUUGAUCGCCUAGCUGUACCAGCUAGAGUUUCAUUAGGUAUAACAACAGUUCUAACGAUGUCCACUAUUAUCACGGGUGUGAAUGCUUCAAUGCCAAAGGUGUCGUAUAUUAAAGCUGUGGACAUUUACCUGUGGGUUAGUUUUGUGUUUGUCUUUCUCUCAGUGCUGGAGUAUGCAGCUGUGAAUUACCUAACCACAGUACAAGAGAGGAAAGAAAGAAAAUUCCAGGAAAAGUUUCCCUGCACAUGUGGGAUUACCAGCACCAAGGACUUAAUGUUUGAUGGUACCUUUAGUGAAGCAGAUGCCAACAGUCUGGCAGGAUAUACCAGAACGUCGAUCAUUACUGAUGACAGGGUCAAGCAGGUUCACCUGUCCAUUGGUGCAGAAUCCAAUUUACAAAAAAAAAGUCGCCUUCGGGAGUUUGUUGGCAUGCGGAUCAUGAAGAAUACCCACAUAAUAGAUAAAUACUGCAGAAUGAUAUUUCCAGCAUCUUAUAUAUUAUUUAACUUAGUAUAUUGGUCUGUAUACUUAUAAAUGUUAAUUUGAACAAGUCUGUUUCCUUUUCAAACCAAAACAAAUAGGAUGCAGCAUGUGUACGCAAAUAAUGAUUGCACCGGGUACAAUGAUACAGCAUUCUAUAACGUUAUUUUUGGCUCAUAAUGUAUUUACGUAACAGUUGCCUUGAUAUUGACCUUACAUCUGCAGUAGCCUGAAUAUAAUUUUUUUCUGUAAAGUAAAAACUGCUUACAUUGAACUCUGUGUGGAACUGUGUUAGACUUUAACAUUUCAUUUCUGGAACCUGGGAUUAUUUUCAAUACGGGAUGACAUGAUGAAAGUUUCCACUGUGUUCUUGGUUGCAGUCAUCCUAUGUCAUCCGUGGGCGGCACGGUGGCACAGUGGUUAGCACUGCUGCCUCACAGCGCCAGAGACCUGGGUUCAAUUCC